UUUGCGGGCCAAAUGUUGACAUUCGCAAUGAUAUCCAUGAGCUGAAACGCCUGGAGAACUGUACGGUAAUUGAGGGUUUCCUUCAAAUUCUGCUCAUCUCUAAAGCAGAGGAUUACCGCAACUUCCGCUUCCCAAAGCUCACUGUCAUAACUGACUAUUUGCUGCUGUUCCGUGUGGCAGGCUUGGAAAGCCUCAGUGAUCUCUUCCCCAACCUCACAGUCAUUCGUGGGAGGAACCUCUUCUACAACUAUGCCUUGGUUAUCUUUGAAAUGACUAAUCUUAAAGAGAUUGGGCUUCACAACUUGAGGAACAUAACUCGCGGGGCCAUCCGGAUUGAGAAAAACUCUGACCUGUGUUACCUCUCCACGGUGGACUGGUCUCUCAUCCUAGAUGCAGUGUCCAAUAACUACAUCGUUGGGAAUAAACCACCAAAGGAAUGUGGGGACUUGUGUCCAGGAACAAUGGAAGAGAAGCCAUUGUGCGAGAAGACAUCCAUCAACAAUGAGUACAACUACCGCUGCUGGACCACCAACCACUGCCAGAAAAUGUGCCCCAGCUCAUGUGGCAAGCGAGCCUGUACAGACCAAAACGAGUGCUGCCAUCCCGAAUGCCUGGGGAGCUGCACGGCGCCUGACAACAACACGGCUUGCGGGCCCUGCCGCAACUACUACUACGAAGGAGUCUGCAUGCCCACCUGCCCGCCCAACACCUACAAGUUCGAGGGCUGGCGCUGCGUGACAAAAGAGUUCUGCUCCAAAGUCCCCGCCACCGAAACAAGUGAAUAUGAGAGGUUCGUGAUUCACAACGAUGAGUGCAUGGCGGAAUGCCCCUCUGGAUUCAUCCGCAAUGGGAGCCAAAGCAUGUUCUGCAGUCCUUGUGAGGGGCCUUGCCCCAAAAUUUGUGAGGAUGGGAAAACGAAGACCAUUGACUCUGUCACAUCAGCACAGAUGUUGCAGGGAUGCACAAUUCUCAAGGGAAAUCUGCUGAUUAACAUCCGCCGUGGAAAUAACAUCGCCUCGGAACUGGAGAAUUUUAUGGGGCUGAUUGAGACGGUAACAGGGUAUGUGAAGAUUCGUCACUCCCAUGCAUUAGUCUCCCUGUCUUUCUUGAAGAACCUGCGAUACAUUCUGGGAGAGGAACAGGUGGACGGGAAUUAUUCCUUCUAUGUGCUUGACAACCACAAUCUUCAGCAGCUGUGGGACUGGAACCAUCAUAACCUGACGAUCAAGGAGGGGAAAAUGUACUUUGCGUUUAAUCCUAAACUGUGUGUUUCUGAGAUUUACCGUAUGGAGGAAGUUUCAGGAACCAAGGGACGACAGAGCAAAGGAGAUAUAAAUCCAAGGAACAAUGGGGAGAGAGCCUCUUGUGAAAGCCACAUUCUGCGGUUUGUUUCCAACACUACGCUUAAGAAUCGGAUUAAACUAACAUGGGAACGGUAUCGCCCUCCAGAUUAUCGAGAUCUCAUUAGCUUCACUGUUUACUACAAAGAAGCACCAUUCAAAAACGUGACGGAAUAUGAUGGGCAAGAUGCGUGUGGCUCCAACAGCUGGAACAUGGUCGACGUUGACCUGCCCCCAAACAAAGAGAAUAAUCCUGGAAUUCUGCUGCAGGGAUUGAAACCUUGGACUCAAUAUGCCAUUUAUGUCAAGGCUGUGACCCUCACAAUGAUGGAAAACCAUCACAUUCACGGAGCAAAAAGUGAAAUUGUGUAUAUACGCACCAAUGCUGCAGGUGAGAACCUGGGCUCUUGG